ACAUCCUCUAGAGAGAGGGGUUUGUUCGUCUAAUGGAAGGAGGAGGUGCCAUUGAUGAAUUGAUAGAGAGAUUGUUAGAGGGAAAGAAGAGCAAGGGCCAUGGUGGCAAGAAAGUCCAGCUCAGCGAGGCCGAGAUUCGCCACGUGUGUGUUUUGUCGAAGGAGGUCUUCCUCGGGCAGCCCAAUCUCUUGGAAUUAGAAGCUCCCGUCAAUGUUUGCGGCGACAUCCACGGCCAAUACUCCGACCUCCUCCGCCUCUUCGAAUACGGUGGCUUCCCUCCAACCUCCAAUUACCUCUUCCUUGGCGACUACGUUGACCGUGGCAAACAAAGCAUUGAAACAAUCACCCUUCUCCUAGCCUACAAAAUAAAAUUCCCGGACAACUUCUUCCUCCUCCGCGGGAACCAUGAGUGCGCCUCAAUAAACCGCAUCUACGGCUUCUACGAUGAGUGCAAGCGCCGGUUCAGUGUCAGACUCUGGAAGCUCUUCACUGACUGCUUCAAUUGCCUUCCCGUGGCGGCAAUUAUUGAUGACAAGAUAUUUUGCAUGCAUGGAGGUUUGUCACCAGAGUUGAAGGAUAUGGAUCAGAUACGGGCAAUACAUAGGCCGGUUGAUGUGCCUGACCAGGGGCUUUUGUGUGAUUUGCUGUGGUCAGAUCCGGAUAGAGAGAUUGCGGGGUGGGGGGAGAAUGAUCGGGGGGUUUCGUAUACGUUUGGCGCAGAUAGAGUGACCGAGUUCUUGAAGGAGCAGGAUCUUGAUCUUAUUUGUCGUGCACAUCAAGUAGUGGAAGAUGGAUAUGAGUUUUUCGCGGAUAGGCAACUGGUGACAAUAUUCUCAGCUCCCAACUACUGUGGAGAAUUCAACAAUGCUGGAGCUCUGAUGAGCGUUGACACAAGCUUGCUCUGCUCCUUUCAAAUCUUGAAACCCUACAGGGAUCGGAGGGCAAAACUGUCAUUUAGGAGGGCUUCCAUUGUGCAGACGACAACCCCCAAGGUGCCAGCAGAUGUACUGGAAGGAAAAUUUGUGGGUAUCUAUUUUAUGUCAAGAUAUCUUCCAUCAUCCCAAGAACUCACCAAUAAUCUCAAGGGAAUCUACAACAAGUUGAAGGACAAAGGAUUGUUGAAGGACAAAGGAGAGAUGUUUGAGAUUGUAUCAGCCAUUUUCCAUGAGGAAGAUCAACAAUCAUUCAAUCAGAGCACUGAAGACCUCCCACGGCUUGUAUUGCCUUUCCAGGAUGAAAGUGUAGAUACUCUAGUAAGAUACUUUAAGUUGAGAUCCUUUCUGAUGUUGGCCAUUGCAGGAAAAAAUGGGGAAACAAUAAGAUCAGAUGUCUUGUAUUUCAUUCAAGACUAUGGAAUUGAUGCGUACCCGUUUUCAUCAGAGAAGCUAGCAAAGUUUGAUGCGGUAGAGGAGGCAAAGCUUAAUGCACAAACAUUGGUUUCAUUACUUGUUGAUAGUGAAUAUGACUUUGUGAUAAGUAAAGAUGGAAUAAAGGUACCAGUGAUGGAGCUCGUAGGAAAGACCAUACUUUUCUACUUUUCAUCAAAUCUUUGUCAGGCCCGGCUCUGGAGGAGUUCCAAGAGCUCGACGGAACAGGGCCCCUGAAAAUUGGGGGCCCCCAAAUUUUUUUUUAACUAUAUUGGGUUGGAUAAGGCCCAGUGGCCCACCUUAAUAAACCCGACUUCUCUUUAUCCCUCCGCAGCUCCGCUCUCCGCAAAAAAAGUGAAAAACCCUAGCGACGCUCCUUCUUCCGCCGCAUCUGACUAUCUCAGCAUCUCUCCCUCGCUCGCACAGUCGUCAGUCGCACUCUGGAGGCUGGAGCUCCUCCCACCCCGAUCCCACCUCUGGCGCUCUUCCCUCUCCGAUCUCCCUCUUCCUCCCAUCACCGCUCAGAGCUCAGUCCUCUCGGCUCUCCCUCUCCGGCUCUCCGAUAGUCCGAUAUCCUCAAAAUCCCUAGCAAGUAGCAACCUCCCUAAGCUCCCUUCUCCAGCCACGGGCCACCACCUCUGGCGAGCCGAGCCUCCCCUCUUCUCUCUCUAUUGAAGGGGGGACUGUGGGAAGAGGAAGGUCAACUAUCUUUUGCAGAUUACUCGAGUACCUCUUCCACUUGAUCUAAGGCUUCAAAUUAGGUUGUAUUGUUCCGAAUCUUUUGACUUCUUUCAAUUUGAUUGUAAUAUUUUUUAUUUUA